AUGGCCUUUAAGCAGACAGUGAAGGCAGCGAUGCUGGUUGCCAACCCAGCGCAAGGCCCUUUUCCCAAACUGCCAAUCAACAGCGCUCCUGAAAUUGAUGCAAUGAUCGCGAAGAAUGCGGUGAUUGCGUUUUCCGUAUCCGGAGGAAAAGACGGUAACGCGGCCGCUAUUGCUACAGUGGCCUACCUCGACAAAAUGGGCCACACAGGACCUCGAGUGCUCAUUCAUGCUGACCUUGGUGUGGUGGAGUGGAAAGACAGCCUGCCAUGCUGCGAACGGUUGGCGGAAAAGCUUGGUCUUGAACUGUUGGUCGUACGCCGGCAGGCAGGCGACAUGAUGGACCGUUGGGAAGGGCGUUGGAGCAACAACGUCCAGCGUUUUGCUGAUCUUUCCUGCGUGAAGCUCAUCCUCCCUUGGAGUACGCCAAGCAUGCGUUUUUGCACUUCCGAGCUGAAGUCAGCAAUUAUUGCUUCUGCACUUCGAAAGCGCUUCCCAGACGAGACCAUUGUCUCGGUCACUGGAAUCCGAAGAGAAGAAAGUGCCAACCGCGCGAAGAUGAAUGUUUGCGGCAUUGAUGCCCGACUCACACGAAAACAUGCAGUAGGACUGUUCUGGAACGCCAUUAUUGAUUGGCACAUCGAACAAGUCUUUCAGACCAUCAUCGACAAAGGUCUCGCACUUCACGAAGCCUACACAAAAUACGAUUCCAGUCGUGUUUCAUGUGUCUUUUGCAUCAUGUCAGCAGCAAAGGAUCUGGUCGCUGCAGCAAACUGUGAGGACAACCAUCAGAUCUAUCGAAGAAUGGUUGAACUCGAAGUCACCUCGACAUACGCGUUUCAAGGUGGCAAAUGGCUGGGCGACGUUGCGCCCCACCUUCUCGCUGCCGAUCUCGUAGAACGCCUGCACCAGGCCAAACAGGUUUCUGCGCUGCGACAAGAAAUCGAAAGCAAGAUACCUAAGCACUUGCUGUACUCCAAGGGGUGGCCGACCUGCAUGCCAACAAAGGAAGAGGCCGAGCUCCUGGCAGGAAUCCGAAAGUCCGUGGCUGGGCUCGUGGGAAUUGAAAUCCAGUUCACCACUGCGGAAACCAUCCUUGAGCGCUACGCGCUGCUGAUUGCAACAAAGGCACUGAAGGAUGCAGCUGCUUCAAAGUCCAUCGAGAAAAAGAUUGAAGCUGAGGAAAGAGUUUAG